GGAUCAGAAACAUUUGAAAAAUUCACCUUUGACCUACACUUUUAUGAUCUGAUCUUUUAAAAUCUUAUAGAUGUUGAUUUUACAUCUUUAUUUUUUACAUGCACAGACUUAUACACAGUACGCAUAUGUGUAUACUUCUACAUACCAGUGUUUCCCAAGAGACCAAAGUACAUUAACUGCAUAUUUGUCACAUGUCAGCAGCUAGCAGAUUCCCUGGUAUGUUGACUUGAACAAACACUGACCAGAAAGCAGCUGCCGGCCUAAAAGAGAAUAAUAACCAGAGUGAAUUGUCAUCUAUGUAUCUGUGCUCUCUUAACAUAUUUUUUCAAUUCAGUAUACUCCAGUCUUCAUCCCAAUAUCUCCCCACUUUUAAUCUGAGGAGGGAGGAAAAAACCCCAUCUUGAGUCAAAAUGAGGAGAGAAGCUGAUUGGUUGAGGAAAGGGUUUGGGAGCUUAGCCAAUUAGUCUGAUUAGCAGGAGGUUACUACACUGACUGAAUGUGCACAGACCCUCAGUUGACUCACAGAGUGGUGAAAGAUCACAGUUUGGAAUUAUAUUGUUUAUCACAGUCAUCACUGGACACUAAUAUGGUUUUAUGUGAUGGUAGAAGCUGCUGCUCAGGUAGUGAAGCAGACUUCAGCUCCUCCAGCAGCACAGGCAGCCUCAAGACCAGGGAGAGCCUCGCCUCCAUUUCAGCUGCAAAGAGAGUUCCUUCACGCAGUCGUGGCACCCACAUCAGACCGCUCCCAGUGUUCAAACCAGCUGGGAGCCCUACAUCUAACCGCGAUGCAGAGCUCUAUGCUCCCUACAGGACGCCUCCCAGACCUGCCUCCUCAACCAACAGCAGCAGCUGCAACUCCAGCCCCACCACCAGAAGAGCGAACCGAGGACGCUACCAUUCCUGUGGAGACAACCAUGGCAUCAAGCCCCCGAACCCAGAGCAGUAUCUCACCCCACUACAGCAGAAGGAAGUCUCCAUCAGACACCUGAAGACCAAACUGAUGGAGUCUGAGAACAGAGUCCGUGACAGAGAGACGGAGGUUGAGGAGCUGAAGGCCCAGCUCAGCAGAAUGAGGGAGGACUGGAUUGAAGAGGAGUGUCACCGGGUGGAGGCUCAGCUGUCCCUCAAAGAGGCUCGCAAAGAGAUCAAGCAGCUGCGUCAGGUGGUGGAGACGAUGAAGAGCAGCCUGAUGGAGAAGGAUAAAGGAAUACAGAAGUAUUUCAUAGACAUCAACAUCCAAAACAGGAAGUUGGAGUCCCUGCUGCAAAGCAUGGAGCUUGCCCAGAGCGGCGCCAACCUCCAAGAUGAAAACACCUUGGACUUUAUCUGCGACAGCCCCGAGGACGGUGGGAAGAAGAUGGUGGGGGAGGAAGAGGGUGGGAUGGCGCUUGGGACCCAAGGGGCGGAGGCGAUGGCAGACAGCGGGCUGCUGGUUAACGAUGAGAUGGCCAAUAGAGCAGACAUUUUGGAGCAGGUCUUCAUGUCCACUGCUAUGGAUUUUAGUCAGGACUGUAGCGGCAAGCAGGGUGCAGGGACAGAAUCUGGGCCUGAGGUGUCCGCAUUGUUAGAAGAGGGGCAGUCGAUUGACGAAUCUACUCUACCCCCACCAGCAAACACAGUUUCCACCACCAUCACUAUUCCCUCAAUCACACCUUCCCAGCAGAACACAGAAGAGAAAGAAAUCCAGACUGACACCAUGCCCAUGUCUCCAGACCUGCAGGCUCUGCUCCUCCAGCUGCUCAAGUUCCACGGGGCAACAUCGGGGGACACAGCUCUGUCCGCCUCCAGCAGUCUUCUGGAUUUCCCAAACCCACCCUGCUCCACCUCCACUACUGCCAGUCUCCUUGACCCAACACCUCCCCCACCCAGCAUGCCCAGUCCUGCUCCCCCAGAGAGCCCAGACACCUCCACCGAUUCCGGCAUGUGCUGUUCAGAACCCGCAGAGAGCCGACGGUUCAUGGAGGAGCUGGAUUUUAGCGUCGGCGCGGAGGAACCUUGUCUGUCGCCUGGACUGGAUGCGGUCGGCAAGCGUUACUGGAGCAACAGCUUCCUGGUGGAUCUGGUGGCAGUGGCGGCCCCCGUGCUACCCACGGUGGCCUGGCUGUACUCGCGGCAUGGUGUGGACGGAAGCGCUCCGGUGUACAACAUUGCUGCUCUGAUCAGGGGCUGUUGCAUCAUGGGACUGCACUCUCUUCGUCAUGUCGCUCACAGGCCUGAUGCGUAAAAAGGCUUCCACCCCGCAUGCACACGCCUAACCUUGAACUAAAAGCACUUAAGCAUCUUUUCAAGAGUAUUUGUGAGAUUUGUUGCAUUUUUUUGUUGAACACUUAAUAUCAAUGCAGUCUUUUGGGUUCUAACACUGUUAUUUUGCACUGUAUAGUUACCAUGAUUUGAAGCAAAAUGGUGACAUGAAAGGGGUUAUUUAUAAAGGGGGUUGUUUAUGUAUUUAUUUAUUUAUCAUUUACAUGUAUCAGCUGAUCUGGGUAGAUGGUUAUAUGUUAUCAUCAUCCUGUGGUGUCCCUAGUUGUCUUUUGUGUUUUAAAAAGAAAAAGUUCUUUAUGUAAGGAUGAGAUUUUUAGGAGGUGAAAGAUUGAAUGUUCUUUUUGAUGGGUUCAAAAAUUCAACAGUUCUUGCGUUAUUGUUCGAAAAAGAAACCUUCAGCCAAAGCUUAAAUGUGAGUUAACUGUUCUUGUUUUGUGAAAAAGUAUAUUUUUUUUCCCUGGGAGUAGAGCUUUAUUCGGUACAGCCUGUGUAUUGUUCAUAGAAAUAAGUUGAUGCUUCAAAGCAACUAUCACUUGUUAUGUGCCUGAGCUAUGUGCAAUACUGGUGGUUUACAUCAAAUGUCCUUGUAUCUUUAUUAUUAAAGCAUGAUAAAUUCCG